AUGGCACAAAAGGCUCCUGCUACUAGCACCUCUCCGGCUGCGCCUGCGAAGAAAGUCCCCCGUGUUCUUGUCUUGCAUGGAUACACUCAGAACGCCAGCAUCUUCGGCAAACGUAUUGGCGCGCUUCGCAAGACUUUUGGAAAGGAUAUUGAGCUCGUCAUCGUGGAUGCGCCUAUAGUUCUGUACCCUGCUGAUCUCGUUGAGACCUUUGGCCCAUCCGCAGACUUAUCGUCGCUUGGUGCAGGCGAAGCCAGUGCCGCGGCCGAAGACCCUAAACUCACGCCGCGCGGAUGGUGGAAGACGAAUCAAGAUCGGACUAGCGCUGAUGGGUUGGAGGACAGUGUGGCGUUCUUGAGGGACGUCCUGAAGGAGAAACACUUCGAUGGUAUCUUUGGUUUUAGUCAAGGUGCGGCGAUGGCGGCCAUGCUCACAGCCCUCCUCGAGAAGCCAGAGGUUCAUCCGGAUUUCCUCGUUGGCGGAAAGCCGCCCCACCCGCCAGUCGACUUCUGUAUCGCAGCCGCUGGCUUCAAACCUGUCGGCGCUUUCGCAGAGAAGGUCUUCGAGGGUGGAUACUCUACGCCGACAUUGCACAUCAUCGGGCGCACGGACAUCAUCAUCACCGCAGAGAGGGCGCAAAGCCUUAUAGAUGUAUCAAAGAGCGCGCGAGUCGAGGAACAUGAAGGAGGUCAUUUCCUUCCAUCCAAAGCGAACUGGCGCAACUUUCUCAAGGCAUACCUCCUUGACCCGCUUGGGAACAUACCGAGUCCUAGUGCUGCGCCGUCGGGGACUGCGACGCCCGCGUCUGGUACCGCGACGCCUGCUGAGCCGGCUGUUGCAUCUACCACGAUCGCCGCUGCUGAGGGUGCUCCUGCAGCACAAGGCGACGUCAAGUCUUCCGCGCUAUAG